AAGAAAACACCAAAUGCGUUUAUUUUAUUUAGAAAUGAAAAAUUUAAAACUGUGAGGAUGAGUAAUUCAAAUUGUUCAUCACGCGAAAUUUCAAAAAUAAUUGGAAAUAUGUGGAAACAAAUGUCAGAAGAAAAUAAAUUACCAUAUCAACGAAAAGCAAAUGAAAUAAAACACAACCAU